UCAUAUUCGUGAUUGGGAGAAGGCCGGGAAGAGUGGAGCUAAGUCAAGCUGAAGUUUGAAAAUGGGGGGGCGGCGGCGGACGAUGGAAUGGGCUGCCAAAGCCGACCACCUCGGAGGGUUUCCUCGGAAGAUGAUAGUUAUGGGGGCCGGAGUCUUCGCGAAAGCGGUGGCCAAUCUCCUUAAUACCACAACGGUUCACAAUGCCGACACCCUCAUCCGCCUCGUCCGAUCUCGACCACCUUCUGUUCCCCUCCUUACUGUUAGCAAUCAUAUGUCCACGUUGGAUGAUCCUGUAAUGUGGGGAUUCAAGGGUUUUCCUACCACGGAUGCCAAAUUGGCAAGAUGGGUUCUAACUGCUGAAGAUAUAUGCUUCAGGAAUUCCAUUUAUUCUUAUAUUUUCCGUCUUGGGAAAUGCAUUCCAAUAACAAGGGGUGGUGGAAUUUAUCAAGAAUACAUGAAUGAAGCUCUUGAGCGCCUAAGUGAUGGAGAGUGGUUGCAUACUUUUCCUGAGGGGAAAGUAUGUCAAGAAAUUGCUCCAAUUGGAAGAUUAAAGUGGGGAACAGCUAGUCUCAUUGCUCGAGCACCGGUUACCCCAAUUGUGUUGCCCAUUAUCCAUAGUGGAUUUCAGGAGGUGAUGCCAGAGAAGUUUUUAUUUGGCAGAAAAAGACCACCAUUUCCUUUGCCCGGGAAGACCAUCAAUAUUCUAAUAGGAGAACCCAUAGAGUUUGAUAUCCCUAAGUUGACACAAAUAGCUAUUUCUUCUUCGGAUUUAUCUUUAUCAUCUUCGUCUACUGAUAAUGGAUGGCCAAACCGCCAUGGACUGAACCAGGCUGCUCAGAGACACCUCUACUCCGCCAUGUCGGAGAUCAUCCAGAGUGCCAUGGAGGGUCUCCGAGAAGUUGGGAAAGCAUUCCUUAAUAAAUAAUUUUUAUUUGAAGCUUGUGAUAUGCAUUUCUUAAUUUGGAAUUGGCAAUAAUUCAGCAUUCAGGUUUACCGUUAGUCUUCUUAAAACCAAUUUAUUUGAAGGAAGAUGAUGAUUAUUAUGAAUACAAUUCUUUUUAAAUAUAUAUAUAUUUUGA